GAAUCCCAAUUAAAAUCCACUAUGAAAAACCCAGAGAAACUUUCUUAACUUUCUGAAGUUUUUCUCAAAUUUCUUUCCAAUUUCUGUGAUUAGAAAUAAAUUUAAAUGUUUUUUGUAUUAGUGAAUUAAAUAUGGAAAGCAAUGCAAAAUCAGAAGAAUGCCAAGAAACGAAUAAUUCUGCUCAAGACAAGAAAGUACAUAACGAAGCCGAUGAUUUUUCAUUAAAUAAAGAUUUGAACUGUCCUUAUUCAAAUACGGUGAAAGAAAGCAUAACUGUAGAGACGUCAAAGUCACCAGAUUCUGAAAAAAAUGCCUCGCUUUUAGUUAAAUCUAGGGAGACAAUUUUAAGCAAUUCGAAUGCAGAUUGUGGGGAGAAAUUGGAUCCUACAGGACCUGUUGGUGAAGCAUAUAAAAAUGAAAAUGAAAAUGAAAUGACAUCUGUCGCAAAUUCAAACAUAGAUAAAAUAGUGCAAGAGAAAGAUUCAGAGUUGGAUUCUAUUAAAACAACAGAUUUUUCUUCCAAAAAAAAUGAUGAAAAUGAACUUGGUAACACAACAUCAAAUUCUAUUAGAACCAACAUUGAAAGUUCAAACAGCUGCCUAAAUCAACAAGAUAAUAAUGAAAACAGCAAUGCUAGUCCAUAUUUUAUCAAAUGGAUCCUUUGGAAAGGAAUUAGAACUGCAAUUGUUACCCAAAAUGAUAAUGGACCAUGUCCAUUACUAGCAAUAAUCAAUAUUCUUUUACUCAGAAGAGUGUUAUGUUUUCCAUCAAAACAGGAAAUGGUUACAACACAGGAACUAAUGGAUUAUCUUGGUGAUGUUUUUCUUGAAGAAAUUCCCAAGAACAUGAAUGAAGCUGCUCAAAGAAAUUUUGAGCAAAAUAUGCAAGAUGCGUUAAGCAUUUUACCAAAACUUACAACUGGCCUUGAUGUUAAUGUUAAAUUCACUGGGGUUAACGAAUUUGAAUUCACCCCGGAAUGUGUCAUAUUUGAUUUGUUGAAUAUUCAUCUUUAUCAUGGUUGGUUACUUGAUCCUCAAAAUAUUGAGUUCAGGAAAGCUAUAGGAAAUCUGAGCUAUAAUCAACUUGUUGAGAAAAUUGUUGCCAGCAAAGAAACAGACGAUAACAGCCAGCUGUCAUUAGAAGGGUAUUUAGCAGAAUCAUUUUUGGAUCAAACAGCUAAUCAACUUACAUGUCAUGGGGUUUGUGAAUUAAAUGCCAAAAUGAAAGAUGAUGAAUUAUGUGUCUUCUUCAGAAAUAAUCAUUUCAAUACAUUAUACAAAUACAAGGGCGAAUUAUUUGUUCUAUUGACUGACCAUGGUUUCUUAACAGAAGAGAAAAUAGUUUGGCAAAUUUUAUGCAAUGUUGAUGGCGACGGAAUAUUUGUCGAUGACAAUUUUAAAAAGACAAACCUACGCAGUGAUGAGAAUGCUUCUGUCACCAGAGAAACACUUUCACAAGAAGAUGAAGAUCUUAUGCUUGCUUUGUCGUUAUCAAAAGAGCAACAAAUAAUGCAAACUCAAUCAAACGUCCAACUAGAACCAGGAGAAAAUAGACAACCUUCUGAAGAAAUCAAUGUGGAUUUUUAUUCUUCAAAUGUUGCACUCAGAGAACAAGAAGUUUACGAUAGACAAUACGCCAUUGAGCUACAAGAAGAGGAAAAUCGACAAACAACAUUAAGACAAAGAGAACAACAGCAACAUUUGCCGGCGAGAAGAGCAGAUCGUCGUCAAACAUCUUCACCUUUAACCCCUCAUGUAAAUGAUGUUAAUGUUGGAAGACAAAAUCGAUCAAACUGUGUCAUCAUUUAACGAAGUCAUGGACUGAAAUUAACAUUGUGAUGGAUUUUGAAAACCGAACAAACUACCAAUAAAAGAAAGCAAAGCCAAAAUUGGAAGUGCUAGUGUUAGUGUAGUUUUACUGUAUAGUUUAGCGUCAAAUAACAGAAGCUGAAUUAAUGCAAAAAUAAUCAUAUUUAAUACUAUGAAAAUAUUCAAUGUGUUUACAAUAAGAAAAAUUUUCACAUAAUAAAAUAAUCCGAACACGACUAUCUAUGUUAUAAUUUUCAUCUUUAUGAUCAUUUUAAACUGCAAUACAAAAGACUGUUGACGGUAAUUAAAACAUUGGUCAAAUCAUUGGUUCAAA